CUUAAUGUGGAGUUUAUAUUGGGCAGAGACUUCCCCUAUUUUUGGCCUUUGUGGAAUGGGGAGAAUGUGCCAGAGAAAUCGCACACAAAGGUUCCUGAGGUAAAGGUUGGCGUUGUCUCGCUAGAUGACUGUGUGAACUCUGUCCAAGAUGUCUCCAACCUGUGUCUAAGUGCAAAAUCAUGUGAGGGUGGGGCGCCCCUCAUGAAGGCUGAUGGGACUGUUCACACUCUGCAGGUUGGACUAAAAAAGUCUAGUGAACAGAAAAGGUUGAAUGCAGGACUGGGAGAAAAUAUUACAAAAGGCAAUUUGCAUGAGUUUGGUCAUGUAGAUAUGAACUGUCCUGUCAAUUCUGAACAUGUGCAGUGUGAUAUUGUAUUGUGUGAAACAUGCAUGCCUAUGUCUUCUCAUGUAAUGUGUACUGCUACCAACUCUGACAGGACAAAAGAAAACUUGUGUGAGUUGGUUGUAGAUGGUAAAAAGAUGGCGGCUAUUCUAGACCCAAGAUUGGCAAUAAGUCUAGUAAAGACCAGUAGCAGAAAGCCAGAUCCUGACAUAGUGUCUAUACAGGCUGAUUUUUGGGGUUAUAAAACUGUUGAUGUCUGUUUUUCUACUCCCUAUGGUACAGUGAGUCACAAGGUUGCAAUAGCGCCCUCCUUGGAGUAUGAUGUAGUACUAGGGACAAAUUUUCAAUUUUUCCAGCAAUUAUGGGAAGACUGUCAGGUGACUAGAGCAGGUACACCUGAUAGGCCCACAACACUUGACUUGCAUCACACACUAGGUGAGAGUCACUCAGCAGAGGCUAAGGACAGGGAGUAUCAGCAGUCACUAGACACAUGUCAGGUAGGGGUCUGCCAGAUUGCUGGGAGAGCUGAAGAACAGACUGUGAGUCAAGUCCAAGAGGAUCCGGAGACUCAAGUGAAGAGUGUGCCUCUGACUGAAACAGAGUCUUCAGUAAAACCAGAAACGGAGCAGGUUCUGGAACAUAGGUUCCAUCCUCAAGUUAAAGAUGAGUCAAAAGGGGGGCUGAAAUUGCAUGGUCAUCUAGAAGGGAAGAUGGUGGCCGAAAAGGAAGCUACAGUGAUGGCUGUGGAUAAAGCAAAAGUGCUGAAGAAAGUACAUGUGGAGCCGGGUGCUGCGCUUACUGUCACUGACAGAGUCCUGAGUGAAGGAAAUGUGACAUCUGAACCAGAGAUGGAUCCUGACUGGGAAGGUAGAACCAUUAAACCAGAUGUUGUUGCAGACCCCAAGGCCCUUGAUGUCUCUGCUGGACAGCAGAGAGAUAAUGUUGAAGUGAAAGAGAAGUCUGCGAGUGAGCAGAGAGACAGCGAGAAACUGUCCAGGAACUACCCUAAGGCCCAUGGGACCAAGUCCCUUGCAAACGGGAAGACAACUCCUAAAGGAGGAGAAGAGCUGGAUCAAGUUGGCUCAAAGGAAGAGACAGGCCAAGAACAGGUGACGGUCAGAAGACAAGAGAAUGUCUCAAGUUCCUGCAGCGAGAGUGAAGAGACCACUGUAAGUAAGAGAUCUCAGAAAAACCGAGCUGGACUUUGUAAGAAAAGAGAGCAGAUCCAGAAUCUUGAAGAAACCUUACAGAUGAUUUCUUCAAAAUUGGCACAAAAAGAAGAAGAGGUGUAUUACCUGAUGGAGGACAAAGAAAAAUCGCUUGUAGACUUGAAGAAAGAGAAAGAAGCGAAGCUUCAGAUGCAGAAAGAUAUGGAGAUCCACCAAAGUGAGCUUGUGGCUCUGCAGGAUGAGCUGUUCCGCUCCCAGGGUCAUGUGACCAGCAAGGAGAGCGAAUUGGAGAGGCUGGUCCAGCAGUUGUCACUCAAGGAGGAAGAAGUGAAUGUUCUGUCUGAGGCAUAUCGGGCUCUACAAAGUGAUCACCAGGCUAGGUUGGUAGCCAUGGAAGAGCUUGAGAAUGAGAAAGUGGUAAUGGCUCAUAAGGUGCAGAGCCUGGAGGCGCAGAACGAAAUGCACAUUAAGUCUCAUGCAGCUACCUUGGAUUCGCUGGGAAGGCAGAUCUCCAAACAAGAGGCUCAGCUAAAAGUCUAUGAGCAGAAAGUGUCCGAGAUGGAGCUACUGAGUAAAGACAAUGAGCAGAUGAGACAACAACUGCUGUCCCUGGAAGAUACUGUCAAUAACUUGACAGAAUUGCUAGAAAGAGAGAAGGUGAACUCCUCUAAACUCAAGAGUGAGCAGCAGAAAAACUUAAAGCUGGAAGGGGACAUGAAGGUCCUAAAAGAAAGCAGUGUCCAGGCUGCAGCAGAACUGCACAAAGAGAAACUUGCCGUUGGGAGACUUGAAGGGCAAAUUGCUCAGUUGUAUGAAGAACUCAGAAUGAAAACCGAGAGUCUGCAGAAGAAGCUGCUGGAGAUGGAGAUGCCUCCUCUAAAAGUGUCAGAGUCUGAGCGAAGGGCUCAAGAAACAAAGCAGCUGAAGCAAGUCUCACAAGAAGCUCCGGAGUCUGGAUGCAGAGUCCGUGAUCAGAAAAAUAAAGGCGGUACAGACAUGGAUGGUCGGGGCCAGAGAAGCUCACACUACAGUCCAGCCUUUGGUGAGAGAAGGCAGAGGCCUGAAAGGACUACCUUGUUUGCAGCCAGUGUCCAGGGCGUUGCCGUGAGCAACAUGAAGAAGGUAGGAGGCUCCAAGGAAGUCUUUGGAACACCAGUUGUGAAGAACAGUUUCUAUAAAGUGAAGCUGAAAGUUCCUGAAGACUUGCAGCAGAUGUGCGUAAAGGAAUCGGCUCAUAAAGACUUUUCAAAGGCAGUGGAAGCCUUUUCGGUGUCUUAUGACUCAGAGAAUGCCCAGCUGGUCAUCUUGUCUGACAAUGAAGUUACCAUUCAGAGGGUGAACAUGUUGGGUAACAUCCAUUUCCGAAGUCUUCGAACAAAAUUGUCUGUGAUAUCGAGAAUCAAAGAAGCCAGAAAGAAUCUGGAAAGCUUAUGUCUGUCAGUGUCUAGAUUCCAUGUGCAGUUUGAUGGACGAAAAGACUUGAUGCGCUCAGUAAUCGGCACUCAUGGCACAAAUAUACAACAAGCAAGGAGAAUCCCUGGGGUGACUGCUGUUAUUCUUGAUAAAGAUACAUGUACGUGUCAUGUGUAUGGUGAGAACCAAGAUGCUGUGAAGAAGGCAAGAAGUUACCUGGAGUUGGCUGAGGUGGUAAUGUGGGUUCCCCGAAACUUGGUGGGAAAAGUCAUUGGGAAGAAAGGAAGGCACAUUCAGAAGGUUGUCGACCAGUCAGCGGUUGUCAGAGUGAGAGUUGAGAGUAAUAAGAAGAGCUCCCAAGACGAGGGAAUGGUCCCCUUUGUAUUCCUGGGCACAAAGGACAGUGUUACUAAAGCAACCAUUCUACUGGACUACCAUCUCAAAAGGUUGAAGAAAGUGGACCAACUUCAGCUAACUCGACCAAAGAGAAGGACAGAUGCAUGGUCGUGUGUGCACUGUCUUUUGAAGACAAGUGCUCAUCCCCAGUGGUCUGAGCAGAGGGGGGGGAUAUGUGACAGUGUGGCAAGGAAAGGGUGCAUUUCCCACACUGAUCCUGCAGAAAUCUCCACCUGUGGACUAAUCAAUGAGGCAGCAGAAAGGGGAAGGGUCCUUUAAAAGGAAGAGAAACAGAAUAAUCUGGGCUCUCCCCUAGACAGAAGUGGCUGUUAGAGGGGGGAGACACCGUGUCCAGUGCCAGGCGGGCACAGCAAGGGCUGCUGAGGACACAAGCGUGGACUCCCGGAGUGAGAGACGCGGCUCCUGUAACAUAUAGCAAGGUGGCUGUACGAAUGGGACUUUAUGUUCAAAUGUGAACUGUGUCUUAU